CGUGAAGCAGCGUCCUAAUUAAGAGUAAUUUCCAAUUAUAUUUGCUAACUCGAUAGACUAUUAUAGGUAGGGGCGUUGGCGAAACUGCCUUUGAAAGUUGGUUAACUAAGCAUUGAAAGCUCUUGAGAACUACUACGUCAUUAGAACCGGGGAUUUUACUCAACUAUUUAUUUAACUGCCCCGGCUAUGAUGUAAACUAUUCACUAAUUUCCAAGUGUCGCCAUCGACUAUUUUCAAUCUGUAUAUUGGUCUUUCUAUGUACAUAUCUUUUACAGAGCAGCUUUUGAAAGGUAAUAAUGUCGAUAAGCGAUGACGAUGACGAGUCCAAACGCUCACGUAGAGGGCCUCCGUCGAGAGUACCUAUGCCGGAUGCCGAUUCGCCAGCGACCGAACUCGACUCAUAUUCGUCUUGUGAAUGUCCUCUGAGCGAAAAGAACCACGACGGCCACCGACCGUGUACUCUCGACACACGACCAUCUCAGAUACGCGCAAGUGGUCGGGAUGACUCGAACGGACUCUCGGGACCAAUCUUGCGGACAGUAUCACGUAGGGAUACCGUACUAUCUCGAAUACGGUCCCGUCCGGAGGUACCGCCGUUUAGCCAUCCGCUCGCGAAAGUGAAGACUGGACAAGAAUCGCUCGUCGACUUCGACGGGCCGGAUGACCCCUAUCGUCCCAUGAACUGGCCGCGGCACAAGAAAAUAGCUACAACUCUGCUCUACGGUCUAGUUACCAUGACCGCGACUUGGUCAUCCUCAUCCUAUUCUGCCGGGACUCUGCAGAUCGCAGAGCAAUUCGGCGUCGGGAGGCAAACGGCAACGCUAGGGACCACUCUCUUCCUCGUCGGAUUUGGCAUAGGACCUCUGCUCUGGGCACCCCUUUCCGAGGUCUACGGUCGGCGCGUGGCAGUUUUGACGCCUAUGUUCGUCUCUAUAUGCUUCUCGUUCGCUUCGGCCACCGCCAAGGACUUCCAGACUCUCAUUCUAACGCGGUUCUGGGGCGCUAUAUUCGCCUCUGCUCCGGUGACGAAUACAGGCGGCGUCCUAGGCGACUUAUUCACGCCGGACUACCGUGGCAUCGCUAUGGCAGGUUACGCGAUGGCAGUCGUAGGUGGCCCUACGGUUGGUCCCAUCGUGUCGGCCGCCGUUGUAGUGCAGCCGGGCCUCGGCUGGCGAUGGACAGAGUACACGACGGGGAUGUUGCAGUCCGUUGUCCUAUUGUUCGCUAUCAUCUUUAUCGACGAAACAUACCCACCGAGGCUUCUUGUCGCCAAAGCGAGACGGCUGCGACACGAGACAGGCAACUGGGCGCUCCACGCUAAGUUCGAAGAAUGGGAUGUGAACAUUGUUGAACUGGCGCGGAAGUUUCUUAUUCGUCCGAUACAGCUUCUCUUCACGCCGAUUUGCUUCCUCGUUGCCUUGUAUGCAAGCUUCUGCUAUGGUAUUCUAUACAUGCAGCUCGGCGCGGUGCCUAUUAUAUUCGGAGAGAUUAGGGGAUGGUCCCUAGUGUCGAGUGAACUACCGUUUUUAGCCAUCUGUCUUGGCUCAUUAACCGGUGCAAUUAUCAAUAUGUCCAACCAGCUAUACUACAAUAAGGCCUAUCACGCUUCAGGCGACAGAGCAGUCCCCGAGAAGAGGCUACCUCCCAUGAUGCUAGGUUCGGUACUUUUUGCGGCUGGCCAAUUCAUCACUGGAUGGACUGCAGAUCCAACCGUUGCCCCCUGGAUCGUCCCUGUCAUCGGGCUUUACCUUACUGGAUGUGGUUUUAACACAAUCUUCCAAGCCGCGCUCAACUAUCUCGUCGAUACUUUCCAGAUGUAUGCAGCAAGUGCCGUAGCUGCUAAUACAUUCUUGCGAAGCUGCUUCGCCGCCGCAUUUCCGCUUGUUGUGACGCCGUUAUAUCACAACAUCGGGGUCGGCCCCGGGUCGAGCAUCUUUGCUGGGUUUGCGUGUUUGCUGAUUCCCGUGCCGUUUGUCUUCUACUUUUACGGGAGGCGGAUUAGGGCUGCUAAUAAAUGGAGCAAACACAGCGUGUUCUAGACAUUGUAAGGAUUUGCGCAGCAUUGGCGUUUAGGAUGGUCUGGGUGUUGGCGCAAAGGAGGUUGAUUCAUCGUUCUUAAAGUAUUUCCAGCGAACAGUUAGCAUUGUAAUAGCAUCCUACCUUAUAAGUUUAUGUUACUUGUAAAGACUAGAGUCUCCGGCCAUUAUGCAGUUAGUAGUAUAUUUUGAGAUUCGCUCUAAGGGAUUCAAAGACGCCUUUACGGAAGAGGUUCGAUUCUCUCGGGAGUAAAGGCUAAAAGUUGUCGGGCAUGCUUUUAGUAAGGGACUAUGCGUCGGCAAAUCAUAAACACUAUCUACUAGAACCGUGUCGGAUCAUCGACUUGAAACGGCAAACCCGGUGGGAGAUCUUAUGGAGACACAACAUCGAUAUCGUUCCACUACCAAGAAACUCCGGCGUCUCGCUGGUGUAGCAAGUGGGCUGACAUCGAUUUAUCUUUUUACAGAGUAAUCUACAAUGGGAUGAUCUCGGAGCUAUAGCCGCUUGUCUUCCGUAACCGAUAAAAAUGCAUCACACAACGUAGGCGCGCAGAAUGUCCCGAAAUAUUAUAUCUUCGGCGGAGAAAGUAAGACAUGC